GAGAGCGAAACACGACACCCCGCCAGAGGAAGGAGGGGGUAGAGAACACGAAGUGACUGAGUGAGUGGAAAAAGAAAAACUCUGGUGAGUCGGAGAAAGCGAGAGGGACGGAGAAAGAGUGGAGUUUUGUUCCUUUCUGUGGCGCCGCGGUGGAGGACGGAGAUGAUGUGGAGGGGGGAUCGACCACGCGUCGCGGCUGCCGCCGCCGCCGCCACCGCCGCCGCCGCUGCACACGGGGUGAAGCUGUAGACAUUCCGCCGCUCCAGCUCCGAACGAACGACCGACCAACAGCAGCGCGACUCCUCCAAACUUUGACCUGCGCCAUUCAGACCGGGCGGCUGGAUUUCCCCCCGAGGAGCCCCGGGGGAACUUCUCGCCGCGAAGACGCAGACUCUCCGGCGCUCGGAGAAAAGUUUCGCCUCCACUCCUCGAUGGUUACUAAACUCCUGGUAAAGUUACCGGGCUGCUGCGAACUCGAACCCCGAGCGGGCGCUUUCCCGACGGGCCGCCCCUGAGAACAACACCGGAGGAGGACGGAGCUAAAGCUAACUGUCGUCUAAAGUUACCGAUCGACGGGAAAAGUGACCGAAGCGAUGAAAACCCCGGCGGACUCGGGGUUUGCCUUCCCGGAGUGGGCCUACAAGCCGGAGUCCAGCCCGGGCUCCAGGCAGAUCCAGCUGUGGCACUUCAUUCUGGAGCUGCUGAGGAAGGAGGAGUACCACGACGUGAUCGCCUGGCAGGGGGACUACGGGGAGUUUGUCAUCAAGGACCCGGACGAGGUGGCCCGUCUGUGGGGGGCCCGGAAAUGCAAACCGCAGAUGAACUACGACAAACUCAGCCGAGCGCUAAGAUAUUACUACAACAAGAGGAUCCUCCAUAAGACCAAAGGGAAGAGGUUCACCUACAAGUUCAACUUCAACAAACUGGUGCUGGUUAACUACCCCUUCAUCGACAUGGGCUCCGGUCGAGGAGUCCCCCAGAGCGCCCCCCCAGUGCCGACUGGAGGCACCCACUUCCGCUUCCCGCCGUCCACGCCCUCCGAGGUGCUGUCGUCCAGCGAGGAGCUGCGCAGCCCCGGCAUGUUCAGCAGCGUGGCGCGCCGCAUGGCCCGCGGCUCCGUGAGCGACUGCAGCGACGGCACCUCCACAAACUCCGAGCUGGAGGAGGCGGUGGGCGCCGAGGAGCGGGCCGUGGGGCCCGAGAGGGCGUUCCGGGGCCUCCUCCCCCCUCGCCUGGCCCACGAGUCUCUGUUCAGGGUCUACGGCGGGGCGCCGAACCCCGCCGGGCUCCCCAGGCCGGCGCCCAGGGUCCACCCGGAGCCGCUGUCCCCGUUCCCCGUCUCCCCCCUGCCGGGCCCCGGGGGCCUGCUGGCCCCCACCCUGUCCCCGGCCCUGUCGAUGACCCCGACCCCCCACCUGCCGUACACCCCCUCCCCCUCCCUGUCGUCCCCCAUGAUGGGCUCCCACUUCUCCUUCAACCCGGAGGACAUGAAGCACUACCUGCAGGCCCACACCCAGUCCGUCUACAACUACCACCUCAGCCCCCGCGCCUUCCUCCACUACCCCAACAUCGUCAUCCCGCAGCCCCACCGCCCCACCCCCGAGAAGCCGGCCGCGCACCACCUGCACGGCCCGCCGCUGCCGCUGCCCCACGCGCUCGGCCAGCAGGACGACGGCCACCAGCACCCGUCGCCCUUCAAGUUCAAGCUGCAGCCGCCGCCGCUCGGCCGCAAGCAGCGAGAGGCGGGAAGCUCGCUGGCUGCUCCCUCCUCCUCCUCCUCCUCCUCUUCCUCCAGGGAGGCCUCCUCCUUCACAGCUUCUGGUCACCUCAGCGGAUCGGGGCUCGGCGCAGGACCUCCCAAGAUAAAGGUGGAGCCGAUCUCGGACAUCGAGUCUGAGGAGGAGGUGGAAGUGACCGACAUCAGCGAGGAGGACGAGCUCAACCACGCCGAGGACGGCGAAGGUGACAUCUUCGCCCGCGCUGCCCUCCAGCACCACCUCCAGGCCAACGGGCGCGGCGGCAGCUCCCCCGCCGCCCCCGGCAACCCCAACGACGAUGACCCCGACGAUGACGAGGAGGUCUUCAAGACCCCCGCCACGCCUCCCCCCGGCGGCCCGGCCUUCCCCCUGACAGGCCUGAAGAGCGAGCCGGGCCAGGCGGCUCCCAUCAGCCCCGGCGGCACGCGCUGCAUCCCACUCAAGCUGCGCUUCAAGCGCCGCUGGAGCGAGGACCAGAAGAUGGAGGCGGACGGAGAGCGGGACGAGGCGGAGGACAAGAAAGUGAGGGCCGAGGAAGGGGAGGGGGAGUCCGAGGGGAGGAGGGAGGAGGAGGAGGAGGACGGGGGAGGAGGAGGAGGAGGAGGAGGAAGAGCAGCAGCGGCAGGAGGAGGAGGCGGGGUUAUUUUAGGGCUGAUGCUGCCGCCGCCUCCCACCCAGCGCCGGGCGAGCUCGGAGCUGCAGAGAGCCACCGCGCAGCUGUCUCUGGAAAACAGCGGCUGCUGAACACACACACACACACCCACACACACACACACACACACACACACACACACACACACACACACACACACACUUCUGUCUCUGGACGAAACGCAGCGGGACGAGCUCCUGCUGGACUGAAACACUAAGAGAUUACACGCUUUUCUUUUAUCUUUUAUUUUUAAACCUGACGAGGAAAUCUAACCGUCAUACUCUUUGCAAACUGCCUCGGGGAUGCCUUCACGCCUUGUUAGUGCCAGUUGAGUCUCCCGUGCACGAGGAGACGCGCCGAGCGGGCCUGACGGUCGGUUUUUAAAGUGACUUUUUGAGGCGGUGAGCGUCCUCCUCCUCCUCCUGCUUUGUACCCGCAGACAUCCUGAUGUUACUAAAGAAGACUUUAAGCUGCCCCGAUAGAGAUUACAGAAGUGCCUCUCUGUCUGCGCCGCCGCCGCCGAGCCGAGCCGCCGUUUACAGGAAGAAACAAGCAGGCUGGAAGUGGAGCGGCUGAAGGUUCAGACACUGUCGGAGUGCGCUGCUGCUCCUCCUCCUCCUCCUCCGCUCCCUCACCUCGCUGUACAAAGACACGAGGGCGAGCCGUUGGUGCGGUGGGUCUGGCCUCAGACCUGGAGGGUCCGCUGUGUCCCACUCGGCUCAUCUCUGAGGGGUCUGGAGGUCUGAGGGCAUUACCGCCGCCGCCGCCCGCCGUCACACGGAUCCACAGCUCUCUUCUGCAUUCCCCUCUAUAUUAUGUUUUUGUAGGACCGUAUUCCUUCUAUUACAGGACGUUUGUGCCUCUUUUAAAGGACGUGGACAGUAUUUUAGGGCAUUUGCAGUGAGCGGAGGGCUUCUCUUUUGGAAACGUGGACAAAGACGCUCGAGACUUUUCACCGUGAGGAGAGAACCGGUUGGUCCCGGACGAGAAGCUCCUCAUGAAUGUUAACUCAGGCGAACCCUCACUGAGACGAAAACGCAGCUUAUUGUUGAACCGAGUUUUAAGGAGACGCCGUGCCCACUUUUCAAAGAACAAAUUAUUCUGAACGAGAUUGUGCCUUUUUGUAAGCCAACAUGAGUUUUAACUGCCCCCAGCGAAAUGUUGUAACACACACUCACACACACAUAAACACACACACACACACACACACUCACACACACUCUACCACCAUGCCUUCUGCUUUUGUAAAAGAGAUACAAACAAAUCUACACAUAUAUAUUUUAUUCAAAUAUAUAUUGAAUUCAAAUAUUAUAUUUCAAUAUGGUCAUUUGAUACAAAUCGGGAGAAUCCUACUAUUUUUAGAGGUAAAGAUGUGUAUAUAUUCUGACGGGCAUAUUAUUACCAGUAUCAUUCAGCCUCUGCCUUCUCACCCUUGCCUUCUCUCGACCUCUGAGCCGCAGCGACAAAAGGCCACCGCUGUCACACUUUUAUAUUUAUAGUGUAAAAAUAAAGAAACUCUUAUCGCGAGGGUGUGACGGGACCACGAGACGCGGGUCGGCGUGUUUGUUUUAGCAUCCCUGGAGUGGCAGCCGGGCGGGGCUUAUCAGAGGAAGGUAAAUUGAAAGCUGUCGCGUUGUUUGUGUGCGGGGCAGUGAGCGAUGGGUUUUUGUAAGAAGUGUUUGGCAGCAGCGGCGUUUUGAAAGCUUUCGGCCUCCAGCUGGUGUUCAUGGAUCUGCUCCGUCACUUCCUGAUUUGCCUCUGGUCAUUUUAUCCAUCGAGAUUCUGCUUUCAGGGUCGUUCAGCGACGCUGAUGAAGCUGGAAAUGUUGAAAAAGAUGAGUUUAGUUUUCAUGAGUUUAUGUUCCUGAUUGAUGACAGCUCUGUAGUGUUUUGUGGUUACAGUAAGUGUUGGCACAGAACGACAGUCACACGGUCAGGAAGCCGACAUGAACAUGAGCUGGAAACCUAAACGAAAACGUCUGCUUUUAAAUCAUGUUUUAGUGUUUUCUCAUCCUGGUUAAACGCCGAGCUGCCUUCACUUCCUCCUGCUCACAUUAACAGUCAGCAGAGCCUGGAUCAGGCUCCUUCUGAUUGGACGGCACAGACAUGAAGCCACUUGGUGUGUAUGAACAGACAGACACACACACACACACACACACACGGGUUAGCGAGUUUUUACUGUGUCUCGGCUGAGAGGAAACUUCCCGUCACAGGUGACAUGAGACAGAACCUCAGCGCGAGAGGGACUUCCCUCACUGUGUGUGUGUGUGUGUGUGUGUGGUGUUUAUAAUCGCAUACACACUCGCCACAGCUUCAUAUCUGUGUCGCAUCACUUUUUCUUCAGCCGACAGAAAAGUCUGAACAUGGACUCUUCAGUCUUCAGUUUAAACCUCUUUCAUCAGGAGGAACGUUUUACAUCUGCUGAAGGAAAAUGAGCCUCUGGCUGUUCCAUCAAGUAAACCCACCUCCCCCCAGCUGGCGCAGCUGUUCCCCCUGUCCCUCCCCCAGCCGUUGUGGCUGUUCUCCCUGUCCCUCCCCCAGCUAUUGUGGCUGUUCCCUCUGUCCCUCCCCCAGCCGUUGUGGCUGUUGCCCCGUUCCUCCCCCAGCUGUUGUGGCUGUUCCCCCUGUCCCUCCCCCAGCUGUUGUGGCUGUUCCCCCUGUCCCUCCUCCAGCUGUUGUGGCUGUUCCCCCAUCCCUCCCCUAGCUGCUGUGGCUGUUCCCCCUUUCCCUCCCCCAGCUGUUGUGGCUGUCCCCCCUUUCCCUCCCCCAGCUGUUGUGGCUGUUCUCCCUGUCCCUCCCCCAGCUGUUCCCCUGUCCCUCCCCCAGCUGUUCCCCCUGUCUCUCUCCCGGCUGUUACAGCUGUUCCCCCUGUCCCUCCCCCAGCUGUUCCCCCUGUCCCUCCCCCGGCUGUUACAGCUGUUCCCCCUGUCCCUCCCCCGGCUGUUGCGGCCGUUCCCCCGUGCCGCCGCCCUCCACCCGCCGUGUCUUGGAGCUGACUCUGAGAGGAGAGCCGUGUAUUUCCCCCUCACCAGGUCGAUAUUUCCACCAGUGCUGUUCUUGUUUUUUUUUCUGUAUUGUUAUUUUUCAGACAUAUUACUGUUACUCUUGUAAUUAUUAUAUUAUUAACAUGUCUAUGUUUUGAUUACGUUGUCCCCUCUGGAUGGCCCGGCCUCCCCUCCAUCCAUCUGUGAGUUCUGGUUCCAGUUUGCACUCGUUCAGAGGAACUUCAGUCGUCUUCAGUGCAGUUUGUUUCCCACUUCCUUGUACUGUUUGUUUAUUUACUCACUGAUUUCAUCACCAUGUUACCGUGGACAAGAGGAGGGUCACGUCAUCCCCAGAGAGGGAGGAUGAAAACUAUUGUUUCCAUUAUUUUUGAUGUUUUGUAUAUAUAUUUUUUCCAUUUUGGAGGAUUGUGUGAGAAACGCAGCGUUUCUUGACCCGUUGUUGUUGGACAGGCGCCGCCUCCGCCCAGCCGAGCGGCAAGCCGUCACUCCGGAGGACGGACGAGGCCUUUCAGUCCCACGGUCCGCCUGUCCUUCUGUUCCCUUCUUUUCAUCUUCAUUUGUAAUUAAACAAUAAUCAGGGUUCAUUCAAUAAAAAAGGUAA